UUUCGAAAGAAAGCUCAAAGCAUUUAUGCUAAUGAUAUUCAACGUCUCUAUGAUACUGCAAACAAGCUCGCCUGUCUCAAAAUGACAAACCAUGAUAUGGUCUCCUUCAUGACUGAAGCCCAAGCAACUGUGGAAGAAUUGAGAAUGUUCUUGGAAGUGGAAUCUUCGGAAGAUAUCAAAAAGAAGCUUGACAAGUAUUAUAUGGUGAUGAUCCUCCGUGCUUUGCAUCCAGAUUUGAAUCACAUCAGAGAUCAACUUCUGACAAGUCAUGAGGUCCCUUCCUUGGAAGCCUUGACCACACGUCUUCUUCGUGUUCCUGUGUCUCAGUCUCAGGAAGCUCAUGAAACAAUGGAACCAUCUGUCAUGGUGGCCACGCGAGGAAGAGGAGGACGUGGCACUAGAGGAGGAGGACGUGGAGGUCGAGGACGUCCACAGUGCUCUUACUGUAAGAGGGAGGGUCACACCCAAGAAAACUGCUACUCCUUGCAUGGCUUUCAUUCAAAAACCGCCAAUAUCUCUAAGGCUGAAACUUCCACUUCCGACUCCAAGUUCACUGAGGAAGAGUAUCAAGAGUAUCUGCAAUUAAAGUCUAACAGUUUGGCGCAAUCAUCUCAGUCCCCAAGUACGUCCACAGCUUGCAUUUCUCAAUCCAUGGAAGGUCUAAAUUCAUGGGUAAUUGACUCGGGUGCUUCUGAUCACAUUUCUGGAGCGUGGCUCGGGGAGACAGAUUGGAGAAGGAUAUGAAGCUGGAGGUUUAUACCAUUUUGGAUCUCGUCCACGGGUAUCUUGUGUUGCAGCUCUUCCCCCUAAAGUGUUACAUGAUCGGUUUGGCCAUCCUCACUUGUCAAAGUUAAAAAAGAUGUGUCCUGAACUUAGUGGUCUUCAGACUUUAGAAUGUGAAUCCUGUCAACUAGGAAAACAUGUUAGAUCUGUCUUUCCUAAAAGGUCUAUUUUCACAUCUUUUUUGAAUAAAAUCAAGAACCAAUUUGGUCACGUAAUUAAAGUCUUAAGAAGUGAUAAUGCUAAAGAGUAUUUCUCAUCAACUUUUUCUUCACUUCUUAGCUCCCAUGGUAUUUUGCAUCAGUCCACUUGUCCUCAUACACCCCAGCAAAAUGGUAUAGCCGAAAGAAAAAAUAGACACUUGGUUGAAACGGCUCGUACCCUUUUGCUUGGUGCUAAUAUUCCUGUUCAUCACUGGGGGGAUGCCAUCUUAACUGCAUGUUUUCUUAUUAAUAGGAUGCCCUCCUCCUCUCUCAAUAAUAAAGUCCCUUUCUCCAUUCUCUUUCCCAAUGAUCCUCUCUUUCACACCUCUCCUCAAGUCUUUGGUUGUGUUUGUUU